AUGGCUUCUCAGGUCACCACAAGGCAGUUUAGUCACUUAAAUCCUCCUAUUGAUUCAUUGCACAAGAUGCAUCAGAAGCAGCAUGAAAAUCUGUUAAAGAGAAUGUAUAUGCCUUUUGUGAGAGGACCCAAAGACAGACAUUACUUUUCCAGUUUCCACAGCAAGUAUAGUAAUGCUUUUCUCAAAUCUAAUCCAUUCAUUCCUCCUGAAGAUAAAAGCUACCCUUUAGCUCCGCACCGGGAUGAUCUGCCAGUAAUUAACCUUUGUUCAGGGUUUAUGAGCCCAGGAGCCAGAUCUGAAGCUGAUCAGCAAAUCAUGUACAACAAAACCAUUGACCCCCUGGGGAAUGGCAGAGAUAGGCAGCCUCCACAGUGGGCACCCAUCCCACACCGGACAGCUCAGAUUGCGGACAAAAGACUCUCAUUGCUAUUGAAAGAGGUAAACCAGGACCAACGAUGGAGCUCCAGAUUAGUGCCAGAUGUUUCUGUCAGGUCAAAAAUUGGAGGAUGGACAAGCCCAGUAAAAGUUAUACCUGCUCCACCUCAAACCAAAGAAUAUUUCUCACCUCAUACAUUUGCAUUUCAUGUGGACCCAGACACUGAGUCAAGUGAACCCUCUUCUGAAGCCUGCAGAGAUGAGAAAGCCCAGAAGUAUAUGUACACCUCAACAACACAAAGCACAUAUGAAGAAGUUCCCUGGGAUAGAAUAUUGCCACCCAAAGUGAAGCCUCCAGAUUCAGCAGCAGAACUAAUGGCUGAUAAUAUCUCCCACUGUUUUACAAUGAAGCAAUAUGAACCACCAGCAGAAAUAGGCCAAGUUGUUGGAGGCCUCUGGGACAGAUUUCAGAGAAGAUCCUUCACAACACCACACAGGCCAAUUAAUUUUGUUAGUCCUAGCUCUCGAACUCAACAUCUCCCUUUAUACACAGGCUGUGUUGGUGCAGAGAAUACUGAUGACCUAGACAAUCCCAAUGUAGAUGUAAUUACUCACAGCAACGUACGAAUUGCAAAACCACGUUAUGUGAAAUCUUCCUACUCUCCAAACACCUUUGGAUACACUGGCAAGGUUCAUUGGUCAGCCACCCAACCAGUAAAUUCUAAUCUUCCACCAACAUCACCAUCAAUAAUUUCCCGAAUGUAUCGUUACAUGGCUAAGCACGGGCAGCCAUCUGAAUUUCCACAUCUGGGGCCUUUAUCACAGAUCCUCACACCCACUGAACCUCAAAAUUCUUUCAAUAAGAAGGAGAAAGAACGAGUUACAAUUUGAAAGAGUAUUUCUCUUUAAUGGCACAGCUCCAAGCUUCAGCAGA